CGUUUAGAUAUCCUUUUUCUAAAGACUUCUUGGACUUUUGAGAAGAAAAUCUCGAUUGAUAACUUUGUUUUUUUUUUGGUGGUCGCAUUUAUAAGCAAUGUCUGUGGACAACGAUGAGGCCAGCAGCCGGCUGACGAGGGAGAACCGGGUCCCCAAGGCCAGGCUGAAAGGCUACAACGCCAUUACCACCUUCUACCACGAAACGCUGCAGGAAGUGGGCCGCCUGAGCCAGGAGCUCGCCCUGAAGGACGGCCUGGUCAAGGAGCUGCAGGCUCGCCUGGCCGCCCACGAGGGCAGCACCGCGGUGGUCAGCUUCGGCCAGGAGCCCGGGGUCAGCUUCGGCCCGUCCGGCUCCCUUGUGGACUGUCUGUUGCAAGAGGUGGGUAAAGUCAAAAAGGAGCUGGCGGAUUCAUCAAGGAUUUGGCAGCAGGAGAACAUCAAGCUGAACGAGGAUCUGCAGGCGGUCCAGUUACGGCUCCGGGAGAAGGAACGUGAAGUAGAGCAGAUGGUGAGCAGCUCGAAGCACGAGGCGACCAAUGAGAUUGCCAGGCUGCAGCAAACCCUGCGGGACAAGGAGAGGCUUCAUGCCACCCAGAGGCUGUGGUGCCGCUCGCUGGCAGAUGAGACCGAACAACUGCAGUUGCGGCUGGCGAGCACUGCAGACAUGUGCCAGAAGUUGGCACGGCAGCUGGAGGAUCAGCAGGCAAAGACUGGGCACAGGAUGGAGAAGGAGCAGAACCCUACCAAACAGGAUGCCGAGGCACUACCGUUACAUCAAACUGAUUCACCAGACAGCAACGUGUGUCAACUGCAAGAGGAGAACCGAGUGCUCAAACAGAAAGUACUUUAUGUGGAAGACCUUAAUGCCAAAUGGCAAAAGUAUGACAUCAGCCGAGAGGAGUAUGUUAAGAACCUUCACCAGCAGCUGAAGGAUCUGAAGUCCAGGGUUGACCGAACUGGACUUAGUGCCCCUCAGGCUAACGAGAAUGUGCUGCAGCAGGAGAUCUUGAGGCUGAACCGGCUGCUGGAGGAGAGUAUGAAAGAAUGUGGGCGCCUGGCAGGCUUCCGGGAUGGCCUGGACAAGGAAAGGGUGACCAUUCAACAACUCCGGGACGAGCUACAAACCGCACAGGCAGCUGAAGCUGCUGCCAAUGAGAGAGUGCAAAUGCUGGAGCAACAGGUCCUCGUCUACAAAGAUGAUUUCCAUUCAGAACGGGAGGACCGUGAACGGGCCCAAAGCCGGAUUCAGGAGCUCGAGGAAGAGAUGGCUUGCCUGAGGCUGCAGUUGCCAAGGAAACAGGAACACCGGGAUGCAGCUGCCCGUCACCAUGGCAGGGUCAGCCCCUACUACUUGGAGCCUAAUGUGCAGGCACCAUUCCUUGGUAAUAGUACGGAGACACCAGCAAAGAUCUCCCACCCCUUACAGUCCAGCGGGAGCCCAGGUACUGAGGCCAGGCAACAAGGACUUCUGCAGUGCCCCAAGUGCAUGAGACUCUUCAAUGAUGAGGUGAGCGAUGAGUGCCUCAGGCACAUCUCCGAGUGCUGCCAGUGAACCUACACCUCUCUCGUAUCAAACCACCAGCAGCAAACAUUGACUCUGAGGUGCCUUCAUCCUGGGAUCUUCCCAUUGACACUGAUUACAUAACGUUCAGCACCAUUUCUGACAACUCAGAUACUGAAGCAGUCCAUGUCCAAAUACAGAAAUACCUGGACACUGGCUGUUGAUGAACCAACGUCAAGAAAAUUCCUGGAUUCAUAGGAAAAGCCUGCACAAUAGUAACUUUUAAACAUUUUCGUACAAAUGGUUCAUCAAUUACUUUUCAUGAUAAGGUCAGAAGUGGGAAGAUUUAUGAAUUGUUAAGCAGUGUUUCAUGGUUCCUCAUGUACUGAAAUAGUCCAUGAGAGCAAACCUUGGACAAUAACCAGAGAAUGGAGAAGAGGCAAGCAACGUCGUCACAUCACACAAUUAGCAGACAAUGGCCAAUUGAACAAGAGAGAGUCUAACUAUUAUCCUUUGACAUUCAAUAGCACCACCAUCACCGAAUCCAUCACUAACAACACCCUAAUGGAUCACUAUUGACUAGAAAUUGAACUGGACUAUCCAUGUAAAUACAGUGCCUAUAAGAGCAUAAAGAGAUGGAGUUUAAUUUGGAACGUGAGGUGUGCAUUUUGGAAAUGCAAACCUAUUGGAAGGAUAUUGUGAAACUUGAAAGGGUUCAGAAAAGAUUUACAAGGAUGUUGCCAGGGUUGGAGGGUUUGAGUUAUAGGGAGAGGCUGAAUAGGCUGGGGUUGUUUUCCCUGGAGCAUUGGAGGCUGAGGGGUUGACUUUUAUAGAGGUUUAUAAAAUCAUGAGGUGCAUGGAUAAGAUAAAUAGACAAUGUCUUUUUCCAGGGCUCGGGGAGUCUAGAACUAGAGAGCAUAAGCUGAGUGGAAAGAUAUGAGAGUCCUAAGGCGCAACUUUUCCACACAGAGGGUGGUACGUGUAUAGAAUGAGUUGCCAGAAGAAAUGGUGGAGGCUGGUACUAUUACAGAUUUAAAAGACAUCUGGAUGGGUAAGGUUUACAGGGAUAUGGGCUAGGUGCUGGCAAAUGGGAUUAGAUUAGGUUGGGGUAUCUGGUUGGCAUGGACAAGUUGGACCAAAUGGUUCUAUGAUUCUAAGAGCAGGUCAGUGGUUGAGAAUCCUGCAGUGAGUAACUCACCUUCUCACUCCCCAAAGCCUGUUCACCAUCUACAAGGCACAAAUCAGAAGUGUGAUGAUAUACUCCCCACUUGCCUAGAUGGUGCAGCUCCAACAUCACUCAAAGUUCGAGACCAUCCAGGACAAAACAGCCUGCUUGAUUGGUACCAUACCCUCAAGCAUCCACUUCCUCAACACCAACAGCAGCAGUGUGUUAUAUCUACAAGAUGCACUGCAGAAAUUCACCAUAGAUCCUAGGGCAGCAUCUUCCAAACUCGUGACCACCUCUAUCGAGAAGGGCAGCAGAUACAUGGGAACACCGCCACCAUCCCGACCUGGAAUAAUAUCAGUGUUCCUUCACUGUCACCAGGUCCCAUUCCUGGGAACCCCCGCCUACCCCAAACCCCGAUUUAUGAAGUUGCUGUUUCUGGAAGCUUGCACAUUACUUCAUUGGCUGUGACGCAUUUUGGAGCAUUUGAGAAAAGCACUAUAUAAAUGCAGAAGCCAUGUGGUAAAACUAAAUCUGUUGUUGGAGCCAGGAAUAAAGCAGGUUCCAGCAUUUAACACUAUGUAAAGUCACUGUCUGGAUACAGUGCACAUUAGCUGGGGUUAAGUUACACCUUUCUCAUUGAAAGUGUGGAACUGGGUUGGGAAGGAGGAGAGGGCUGAGGAGGGAAAGGGUAUACCAAUAGCAAGAGCUUGCAUCCUGAAAUUAAAUGUGAGAGAGAGAGAGACAGCAAAAUAGAAUGUGGAAUAAAAUUAAAAAUCACUUUACAAACAGCUGGUAACAGAGCUAAUGAAGUGAGUUUUAAGUUGUAACCAAAAGAAGUUAAUCACUUUAACCAAAUCUGCAAGUGUACAACAGGUCAUAAAAUUAGUCAAAUGAAGGAAACAGCCAUAGUCCUGAAAACACCAGGUCCUCCAAAGCAUGCCACAUUCCUCACACAUUGUGUCUCUGGUUCCUCCUACACUCAGCCUCAAACUAUAACUGUCUGAGACUGGUACCUCCUGUUUCUGAUGCCUGGGCCAUUGUGCAAAUGGGUAGCUUUCCCUUCACUCCUGAGAUUGGUGCCUUAGGCAUUGGGAAAAUCCCAUUAACUGCUGCUGGAAUCAUCAGCUUCACACUGUCUCUGAAGGCUAACACUAGUAGCCAGAUGUGUCUCGCCACAAAGUUAUGGUAGGAUGGAGAUUAUCUCGAGUGCCAAACUUAAAAUGUGUGUCGCACAUUGAAGCGUGUAGGUAAAGCUCAACUAUUGGGGAAAUUCCACAAUGGAAAAUGGAUUAAAUCAAACAAUUAUUUAUUGAGUUAUUUAAAAAAGUGAUAAUUUUAUUGCGCCAGUUUGUGUUAAGGCUCAUUUGAAAACUCGUUAUUUUAAAACUGAUAAAGGUUGAGCCUGUUUUCUCUGCCAUGAAGUUGUUCUGUGUCUGUACUUAUUCAAUGUAAUUUUGCAGGGAUUUCACCUGCUCAACUUUCUGACGUUGCUGAAAGUCUUGUUCUAAACCAUUUCAUCCUGGAUAAAGAGGUUUGAGUGACUUGUUCUAAAACCAUACAAUCACAUGGUACAAUACACGUGAACUUGGUUAGGAUGUGCUGGAAGUCACCUGUGUUUUGGUUUUACAAAGCUGACUGUGCGUGGGGGAAGCAGUACAGUGUCAAUAUCUGGGCUCAAGCUCUCAUUGAGCACCAGAAAUGAUACUUGUUUGAAGAGCUGUUGCAGGUACAAUGGGCAGAACAGCUAUCUCCUACAUCACAACAAUUGUGAUUUUUUUUUUCUGAGCUCUGGCGUCGCAUGCAACCCCGAGCUGAACAGUUAGUCCAGGGUAGGCUGUGAUCAAGCCUCCAUACAAAUGGAGCAUCGGCUUUGUAAUCCAACCACUGGGGAGGAGUGGAAUAACAAAAAAUGUUUCUAUGGGCCAGCUACUAUUGCGUCUUUCCCUGAGCCUCGACAACUUUGGGAGGCAGAUUCCCACUUCCCCCUCUGAAGAAAUCCUGAUUUACCUGACUGGUCUAAUUUUAAUCAAAAUUCCCUUCACCCUCACCCUUCUCCAACCAGAGUUUCCAUUCAGCCUUGUGACAUCUCCACAUCCUUUAGUCAUCUCCAGUUCCUCAACAGGGUAUGAGACAGUAAAAUACGUGAUGGAAUUUCCAGAAUUCUUAAUCAGGUUUCCAGAUGUUUGUGUAUGAAAAACACAAGAAUGGACAUUUUGUGAAUAAAUUGGUCCAUUUAACGGUAGCAGCAUCAUUGGAUCCAAUACAGAGUAUGGGCUCCAGUGGUCAUUCAUAAUUGCACAAUGUUUCAGCUGUGUCAGAUCUAUAAUAAUCUUUAAUAAUGCUCUAACUGUAAUUUUCCUUGCAUAUUAGUCAUGCUGCUUUGUAUUUUUGUAACUUGUUCUACCAAAGUUUUACUUCCUGAAUCCCCAGCCUUUCU